AUGCGCAAGCUGAACCUCUUGCGCACAUUGAUGGACGCUGUCCCCCAAUUCCUUGCGGGGUUCAGUGCUAGCACCUCUCUGCCUGCGCUCGGCGUUACAGAUACUGUCUCUGCAGUCGCGCCCUUUGACGCUUUGGAAGCUCUGCGAUCGUUGCUCUCCCUUGGUCAGAGUGGCGGCAGCGCAGAUCCGGCAGCUCUGAAGAUAGAAGAAAGGCUUCUUUUCUUCCAUGUCAUAAACUGUGUUCGGGACGUAUGGCCUGAUGUGGUGUCUUCCUUGAACUAUUUGGAUUCGACGGCCGGUCGCAGCCAAAACGACAGGACCGCGACACUCUAUCUGUCGGAGGCCAUCUUGUCCGUCAUUGGACUCAAGAAAUACAUACCCAGUCGCAUGGAGGAGACGCCACACAUCUAUCGCGUCGUUGUAGCUCUAUGGCUUCGGCGCCCGUCCUACGCUUCUUCCGACCUUGAGACGCUCGUGGAAUGGCACGCGGGGUUAGGUGCUGCUCUGCAAACCGCCUUGACGGAUUCCCGUCAAGAAAGACUGGACGAGGUCGCUGCCCGUCAAGUCCUUGCUGCCGUUGAUCAUCGACCCAAUGAUCUCUUCAGGCAGGCUAUCGGAUGUGUUCUCGAUUUACUGUCUCUGCGCGGCGACGAGCCGGCUGCAUCAUUAAGCGUCAUAACCGUACGGGAACAUCUGAUUCUGGUAGAGUUCAUCGCCUAUCAAGUGGCUCCUCUGCCGUGUCAUGCACGAGACGUCGUCCGAUCUCUGGUCGACGUAACUCGGCGACUCGUCAGAAUGCCUGGGAGCACUGCUAGGAGUGCCUCUGAAGAGGCCUGCGCUGUUCUGUUGAGUAUCUGGAACACCGCCAGUGAUAGCCGCUCUGUUGUGUGGGCUCUCAACGACGGCAUACUCGAUGCAUUUGCCUACCUGGCGAGGUCGCAGCCUCUCACAGACAAAUCUAGCGUUCUUCGGGAGCUUCUAAUACACAUUGGCGAGCGAUCUAUCGUGUUGUCAGUGACGCGGGCGAUGUAUAGAAACAAUUUCGAAGGCCUCUUGGGUAGUCGAUGCUUGGACGCAUGUCCUCCGGUAGUGGGUGCGACCAUCCUCCGACGUAUCUCCCUGAUGCGCGCCAAAUAUACGAAGAAAUGCGCUAAUAAAACGGUACAGCUAGGCCACUUGCUUGACGACCGACGCUGA